GAGGGGUGGUGUCUGGGGUGAAUCAAUUUUUCAGCAGGUGGUUAAGGAGGUGGCUUAAUUUUUCCUCUAUGUCUCUCUUCGUCUCCCUUCUUCCGGCGGUGAAAAUAGUAACACCGCCGCUGUAACCGGUAGCCGCUAAAACCGGCGGCGACUAUGGUGGUGGUGGUUGUGAUGUUGACGGUAGUGUUAAGUGUUGGAGUUCUAACAAAACAAUACAGACAAAGAGGGAGGGGGGUUAUUUUCUCUUAUUUUUGUUUUAUUUAUUUCAAUCAAAAAAUUAAUAAAAUUAAUAAAAAAUCUGAAAAAGAAAAUAUCAAGGGUAAAAACGUCAUUAUAAAAAUGUUUAAACCAAAUUGGACUAAACUCGCAACAAAAUGAAAAUUUUGAAUAUCCGAUCGGUCCAAAUUUUUUGAACCAAAGUGACAAUUUUGAGCAACCUACGAGACAGUUUUGUCAAAGAUAAAAGAACAAGCUGAAACAAAACAUAUCCAAACGACGUCGCACGCCAUCCCUUAAUUAACAGUCCCCUAAAUCGAAAGGAAGAGAGCCCUUUUCUUUUCAUUUUGUUUAUGUUAAGUUUUCUGGAGCUACAACUCAAACACCCAUGAAAUUCGAUCGAUCCGUGAUAUUUCUCGACUUCUUGCUUUUUCGUUUUCACGAAAUAAGCAGUUGAACUCUCACUCUCUCAGGUUUUUCAUUUCAAGCGAAGAAAUGGCUGGUGCUGGAAGCAGUAGCAACAGGAGCUGGGCAGAUUUAGUGAAGGGUAAUAAUGGACCUCCAGAUCAUCCAACAAAGAGCUUUAAUGUAGACUUAGGAGAGAUUGGAGGAUGGAUAAAACUGUGCGAAGCACUAGCUUGGUGUGGAAAUUUGUUUGGUGAUAUAGAUUUUAUAGACACUGAAAAGCUUGAUUAUACUCUUGUGAGGGCUGUAACAAAGGAAAUGUGGAAGAAUGCCGAAUUAUAUGACGACCUGGCUGGAAAGGCCAAAGCACAACACCGAAUGAGUGAGUAUAACAAAUAUUCGGAGCUUGCAAAGAAACUUAGAAUUGGAGCACAAAAUCAACAAAAGAAAGACAGCAUACGUUUAUUUGAUAAACGACAGAAAGAAUGUAUGACUGUAUUUGAACUUAAUUGUCAUGAUCAGCACCAACCUGAUGCAUACAAUAUGCUUGUCAUACAUCUUUGGAUUGCUUCUCAAAUCAGAAGUAUACAAAAGCUUAAGUUGAUAACAGGUUAUGGGAAAACAACAGGAACGUGUGUCUUGCAACCAAUGUUUAUGAAAAUGCUCGACGAUAUAGGGAUUCAUUACAGCUUUGAAGAGAAUAACCCUGGUGUAUUGAUUAUUGAUGUUGAGGACAUAGGGACUAAUUUCAAAUUAGGUUAAUUUUCUGUUUUUUGUUUUUUGCCUUUUGUUUUUGCAACAAUCAUUUGGCUAUUCACUAGUAGUAUUAACAUCACAUGUGGUAUCAACCAUAGAACAUUGACUUUAACCUUUGCAACAUGCAUUUGGUGGAAAAUAUUUUUAUGUUUGAAAAAAAAUACUUAUUAAACAAUA